AUCAGCUCACUUCUCUGGGAAGAAAAUGGAUGGGUUCCUUGUUCUCCUGAUAUGUCUGGCUCUUAGCUUCCUGGGCUGGUUUUAUUUUUAUUUCCGAAGAAUGGCUAUCCCCUUGGAAAUCUCUGAAUCCUACAAAUAUGUAUUCACUGUCUUCUUUAUAGAUAUGGGCCUUUUUGUGGCAUGUCUUUUGGAGAAAUUGGGCAUUUGCAGCCAAAUCAAAGUCCUAAGAGCAUUUCUAAUGCUUGGUGUCUUCCAAGGAGACCGGAAUCUCCACAUCAGGGAUGAACAAUUUGAUAAUGUGCCUGUGAGAAUAUAUGAGCCAAAGCAUCCAUUCAGCGAGCCAAGGAGAUGUAUAGUCUACCUUCAUGGCGGUGUUGGCAUGGUUGGAACCAUUAGAUCUUAUGCAUCUGUAUGCCGUAUAUAUGCCCAAAACUCUGGGACGAUGGUUGUGGAUGUUGGGUAUCGUUUAUGUCCAGAGCACCCCCAUCUAGCACAUGUCGAGGACUGCAUGUCAGCUGUUAUACAUUUGCUAAAAGAAGCAAGAAAAUAUGGAGUGGACCCAAACCGUAUUAUCCUUGCAGGGGAUAGUAGUGGAGGAACACUUGUUUCUGUGGUUUGUCACCGUCUGGUAACUAGGAAAGAUAUCCCAAGGAUCCGAGCCCAGGUGUUGAUUUAUCCACCCUACCAGAUGCUUGAUGGUACAUUGCCUUCCUAUCAGCAAAACUGCAAUGUUCCUUUCUUGCAUGGGAAACGGGCUUUCCAACUUGCUGCCAGGUUUGUUACUGAAGAGCCUAUAGAUGUAAGUGGAUUUCUGAGGAAUGCCCAUGUUCCUGAUGAUUUGGCUGUGAAAUACAGGAAAUGGAUUAGCGCUGACCACAUUCCAGACGAGUUUAAGGUUAGAGGCUAUGUUCCUAUAGCACCCGCUCAAUUUUCAGAAAAGCUUUACAAAAUAUCUGAAUUAGGUUUUCAAAAGGAUCUUUGUCCACUUUUAUCUGACGAUGAUAUUAUACGUCAGCUCCCGGACACUUUCCUUUUGACUUGUGAAUAUGAUGUUCUUCGCGAUGAUGGGUUAUUGUAUAAGAAACGUCUAGAGGAUAAUGGUGUGCCUGUUACUUGGCUUCACCUUAAGAAAGGAUUCCAUGGAAUUAUGUUCCGAAUCGAUAUUCUGCCCUUUUGGUUCAAAGAGGCUGAAAAAGCAAUGGAGCACAUUGUCGAUUUCAUACGAAGAUACUAA